AUGCCUCCUGCAGUUACUGCUGCCGAAUUGGAAAUACUAAAAGAACUGAUAACAGUACUUCGUCCUUUGGAAGGCGCUACGAAAGAUUUGUGUAGCCAAAAAUAUGUCACAGCAAGUAUGGUGAUACCACUAAUAAAUGGAUUGCAGAGAGACUUUGAGAAUCUGGUUCUUGAACACGAAGUAGCUUUAGUUUUAAAAGACAAUCUUUUAAAAGAAAUUUCUCGCAGAUUUGGACUCAUGGAAUCCUGCCACUUUUUUGCAAUAGCGACAAUUUUGGAUCCGAGGUUCAAAAAAGUGGUGUUCAAGCAACCGACAGAUUGUGCACGUGCACUCGGCCAGAUCAACAGAUUAUUUCAGGAAAAGAAUAACAAUUCUGCAGAACAAGAACCGGAUACUGACGGAGAUACGAAUAAUGAGCCAGAGGAAAGUAAAGAAAAAUCUUCACUUCGGAAAUUUCAUUCGGAUUGCGUGCAAAAUGCCAAGCGAGCAAGAAGGGACAUUCCAGAUAAUGUAUAUCCUGAUGAACUAAUGCUUUAUCUUCGGUCUGAAAUUGCCAACUACGAAACUGAACCUAUACAAUUUUGGGUGGAAAUGAAACAUAUUUACCCUACACUGUCUCAGAUUGCGUUAAAAUAUCUGACAGUAGUUGCCACAUCCGUACCUUCAGAAAGGUUAUUUUCGAAAACUGGCAUUUUGAUGAACGAUAAAAGAAACCGACUUGAAGGAAGUAAACUUCACAAGCAACUUUUUUUGGGAGCAGUCGACGAAGCUCUUUGGAUGAUUAAAGCGGUUAAUGACACUAAUAAAAUUCGUCAAUCUCGAAAAAAGGUUGCUUCGUAUCUAGUGCAGUCACCUGUUAUUGACAGUACAUAUUUCGAUUGA